GUAGGAUCGAAGCCUAGACCCAUUACUCUUCUUUCACUAUAAUCAGACGGAAAAGCCCUAGCCUAAUUUAUUGGCAAUUCCGACGUGAAAUUGUGAAGAUUUGUGGUCGAAGCUCUCAUCUUUUCUUCAGUCAUAUAUGGGUCAUCUUAUAGCUGUUUUUCACCAUGGAGGUCGUUUUUAUAAAGGUCAGUAUAUUUUGAAAUUGAAAAAUUGUUUAUUUUACAUAGACAAGGACCACUUCUCUUUGACCGAGCUGAAAUCUUAUGCAAAAGAUAUUGGCUAUGAUGAAAUUGAAGAUUUUUAUACCGAAGAUCCUAUUACCCAUAGAUUUGUCAAGUUAGAAAGUGACAGACAACUAUAUAAUUUUGUUAAAGAUUUGUGGAGUGGGUCGUCUUUUAAGAUAUUCCCGAAACAUGCGAUUGUUAAAGAGGGGGGCCACAACUUCUUUGGGACCAUUUUCUGGUGAAAAAAAUAAUGAAGAAAUAUCUAAGGUUUCACAUCUUGAGGAUGAUAUAAAUAUAAAUGAGGCAGGUGGAGUUGAACAACUUUCUGAAGAAGAAGAAAGUAGUGAUUCUAUUAACUUUGAAGAGGAAGACUUAAAUGAUGUUCCAGAAGAGGAUGAUAGUGAACUUGAUGAAGAAUUGCGAGUUUUUAGAGAAAAACUUAGAGAAGAAAAAAGAAGUGAAGCUGGAAAAGGAAAAAAGAGAUCUAAAAGAACUUCCAAACAGCAAGAAAUCGAGCUUGGAGAAGCUGGUAUAGAUAAGGGAUUUGAGAAUAAUUUCAACAACAAGGCAACUAAAUACAAUGGUAGAUUGGAAGGUGAUGAAGAGUUUAUUGAUUCAUCAGAUGAACCAAGUGAAAAUAGUGGUGAAGAACUUGAUGUGUUAGCACAACCAGGUGUGGAUUUACCUUCAAGAAGAAAAAGCAACAAAUUGAGGUAUGAUUCUUCUUGUUCCAUUUCUUUCUUUGAAUUGGGUAUGAUAUUUGAGAGUGCAAAUCAGUUUAUAAAUGUUGUUGCUGAUUAUGCUAUUCAACAUAAAGUUCAAUUAAAGAUUAAAACCAAUGAACCUCAUGGAGUAAGGGUGAGAUGUAUUGGAAAUUGUAAUUUGGAACUGUUUGCAAGCUUGGAUAAAGAUACAGGAAAUUUUUUUGUGAAAAAAAUACUAUCCUGCUCAUAGAUGUCUUACAAAAAACAUGAACAAAUUGUGCUCAGCAAAGUAUGUGAAAAUGAAGAUGAGGAAUAGAAUAAUAUCUCAUUCUGACAUUAGGGUUCAUAAGCUUCAGGCAACAAUAAAAAAAGAAUGGGGACUAAAAGUGGGAAGAUCAAUAUGUUAUAGAGCAAAACAAAAUGUUAUUUCCAAGUUUACGAGGGAUUGAAAGUUUGAGUUUUCAAAGUUGUUAGACUAUGCUGAUAUGAUCAAGAGUUCAAAUUUUGGAACUUCUUGUUGGUUGAGAACUGAUAAUGAUACAGUUUCUGGCAAACACUUGUUUAAAUAUUUCUAUGUAUGCUUUGCUGCAUUGAAGAAUGGCUGGUUAGAAGGUUGUAGGAAGAUUAUAGGGCUGGAUGGCUGUUUUCUGAAGGGUGCUUGGAGAGGAGAAUUAUUAGUGGCUGUUGGAAAAAAUGAAAACCAACAAAUCUAUCCAAUAGCUUGAGCAAUGGUUGAUCAAGAAACUAAGCACUCUUGCGGUUAGUUCUUAAGCUAUCUUAUUCAAGAUUUGCAACUUGGUGAUGGAAAUAGCAUAACAAUCAUGUCUGACAUGCAAAAGGUAUUUAUUCUUUCUCAUUUUAUCUCAAUUUUCUAUCUCUUUUCACUGAAUUAUUCAAGAUUUUCUUUUAGUUCAGUCUCAUUUUAGUUUUAUCUCAUUUCAGUUGUGGAUUAGUUCUGUCUCAUUUUAGUUUAGUAAAUCUUAGUCUCAGUUAUACCUAGAAACUACAGUAAAUCUAAACUUUCUUAACUAAACUAAAUCUGGACAUUAGAAACUAAAGUAAGUCUGGACAUUAGAAACUAAACUAAGUCUGUACAUUAGAAACUACACUAAAUUUGGACAGCUUCAGGGACAACUUAUGGACAGCUUUGGGUCACCUUACUUCACAAUUUCUAACCUUACUUCCUUAGCUGCCGAAGUUUUUGUUUCUUUCUCUUAACUGUUGCAGGUUUUUGUUACACUUGACUGCUGAAACUAUUGUUACACUUAAUUUAAGUUUUGAUUACACUUAACUAAAGUUUUGGUUAACUAAAGUUUUAGUUACACUUAACUGCUAAGUUUUGUCUCUUACACUUCAUUGAAAUUUUUGUGUCCUAACAUUUGACUGAAGUUUAUUUCUUAUACUUAACUGCUGAAGCUUUUGAAGUUAGUGUCUCUUAACUGUUGCAGGUUUUUGUUACACUUGACUGCUGAAACUAUUGUUACACUUAACUAAGGUUUUGGUUACACUUAACUGAAGUUUUGAUUACACUUGACUGAAGUUUUUGUUACACUUAAUUAACUAAAGUUUUGGGAGAAAAGCAUUUUGGAGGUGUGCCAAAGCUAAUUUUGAGGUAAAAUUGAAAGGUGAGUUGGCAUAUAUAGGAAAACUUGGUGAGAAAAUAUGUGCGUCAUUGCUUGUUUAUAACAAAGAAUAUCGGUAUAAGGCUGUAUUUCGUGAAAGAUCCAAGUGUGAAAUAUUUAAUUCAUGAAUUACUGAUCCUAGACACAAAUCUGUGAUUAGUAUCCUUGAAGAUAUUAGGCACAAAAUGAUGGAUAGGUAUGGAGAUAUGAUUAAGUUUGCAGAUACUUGGAUUAAUGAUAUUUCACCCAUGGCAAGACUAGUUUUAGAAGAAAAUAAAGAAAUUGGUAGGAAACUAAAGGUGAAUUGGAAUCAUAACAUUGGAUUUGAGAUCCAAGAAGGAAAAUAUACACACAUAAUUGACAUAGUUAACAAGACAUGUAGCUGCAAGUUGUGGCAAUUGAGAGGUAUUCCUUGCCAAUAUUUAGUUUCUGUUUUGUAUCACAUUGGGUAAGAAUCAGAAGAUUAUGUGGAGCAUUGGUACAAAAAAAAAAUAUUCCUACGUGCUUAUAAGUACUUCUUACAACCUAUGUCUAAUAUGGCAAUGUGGCCUGAAAUCAAUAACCACCAAUUGAGCCUCCUGAAGUGAAGCCAAUGCCUGAAAGGCCAAUCAGAUGUAGAAGAAAAGAUAAAGAUGAACCAAGAAAAAAGAAGUGGGGGAAAGAAUCAAAGAAUGGAGUGAAAAUAUCAUGUUCCAAAUGCCAUCAAGUUGGGCAUAACAAAAGAAGCUGUAAAUCAGUGGCCACUCAACAACCUUCACAAUCCAUUCGACAGUUUUCACAACCCACUCAACUGCCUUUACAGUCCACUCAGCAGUCUUCACAACCAUCAAUGAAUCAGCCAGACACUCAACAUUCCUCUUUUUUAUGUCCAGAAACCUCAAGAGUAAUAGGAAAUAAGAGGCAACAACCAAAUAGUUCUUCAACUGCAAAGGCUACAACUUCUUCAGUUGGAAGAAAAAGAACAAGAAAUGUGAAAUUUGGUGUUUACACAAAUACACAAUCUGGAAGACAAGUCGUUAAUCCUGAAAGACCAAGUGAAAGAGUUAUCUCAAGUGGGUCUCAAGCAGCAUUAAAGAAUGCAUCAUAAACAAAUGUUGACCUUGGGUUCAAACCAUCUGAUUUGAAAUGGAAAGGAAAAAAUACUAUGACUGGAAACCAACUUCAACUAAUGUCACAGCAAAAAAAAUUGCAAAUCAAAUCCAAGUGGGUUCCUUAAGAGUUCAACAGUUGUUAGCGGUGGCUUCAUGGUGAAAAACACUGUUGAUCGUAUUUUUGCGUAUUUUGUAAAGGCAUACUUCAAUCACUCAUUAUUAUGAUGCAUUUUGAAUUAUUUUGAUGUAUGUUUGCCUUUAAACAAGCCUUUAGAUGUCAUUGUGGUUCUUGCAAAGCUAGUUUAUGUAUGUUAAGUUGACGCUUUGUAAAGCUAGUUUAGCAUGUGCGUAUGGGCUUUUUUGUGUGCAAAUUGUGGUGCUAGUGCCUAUAUUGAAGUGAUGAAACAUAUGUUCCAAAUUA